GAUGAAGUUGAUGGUUGUUCUCUUUGCCAUGCUGGCUGUUGUCGCGAUGGCUGCCCUGCCAGUCUUCGGAAAUGUUAUUCCACAAUGUCCACCCGUUGAGACAGCCGCUCAAGGCGGUAGCUACCCAAUCACGGAUCUAAGGCGAAACGCCCAGAACAGACCUGUAAAUUAUAAUCUCGGAAGGCGAUACUAAAAAAGCUGACAAUGAAAAGAUUGAAAGGGCAAAUAAAACAAAUUUAAUUCACAAC